AUGUCACAACCACCUGCUUUUCUAGCAUUUUUGACUGCAACGGGAACUCUCCCAAUCUUAACAUAUUGUGCUGCUAGCAUCUUGAUGACAGUUACAAACAAAUAUGUUUUGUCUGGUUAUGAAUUUAAUAUGAACUUUUUGCUGUUGGGAGUACAGGAAGCAAAAGAAGUAUUAUGGUUUGGUGGUAAUGUGUCAAGAUUAACGAUGACAAGUUUCUUGUUAAUGGUUUUUUCGUCUAUAAUAGCUGCAAUAUCAGAUAGUUCUAAAGCAUCUGUAAAAUCUACGAGCGUCAUAUUUGAUUUAGGAUAUUUAUGGAUGGCAUUUAAUUGUAUUUCCUCUGCUGCAUUCGUUUUAACUAUGAGGAAACAUAUUAAAUCGACUAAUUUUAAAGAUUUCGAUACUGUUUAUUAUAAUAAUUUAUUAUCUAUACCAUUAUUAAUGAUAAUGAGUCUUAUGAUGGAAGAUUGGAGCAGUAAAAAUUUUGAAAGGAACUUACCCGAAGAUAUGCGUAAUACACUCAUUAUGGCCAUAUUAUUCUCAGGGAUAUCGGCAUUUGGUAUUUCAUAUACAUCAGCUUGGUGUGUGAGAGUGACGUCGAGUACAACCUAUAGUAUGGUUGGAGCAUUAAAUAAAUUACCUAUAGCCGCAAGUGGAAUGAUUUUCUUUGGUGAUCCAAUCACAAUUGGAAAUGUUUCUGGCAUAUUUGUUGGAUUUGUCGCUGGAAUUUUGUACUCGAUUGCAAAAACAGAACAGCAAAAACCCACCAAACCUUUAUAUAUUCCAUUAUCUAAUGAAUUACCGAAAACAGCGAAUGGUGAUAAUACUUCUAUAAUGCAAUCAAAUCCUAUUAAUAAUAAUACAGUAAUCAACAUAGAAGGAAAAAAAUUAUUAGAGAAAAUGUAA